AUGUCUCACGGAAAGCAGUUCACUCUCUACUCCCACGCUGGCGGAGGCCCCAAUGGAUGGAAAGUCGCCUUCGUGCUCGAGGAGCUCGGGCUCGCCUACCACCCCAUCUACCUCGACCUCGCCAAGAACGAGCAGAAGAGCCCGGACCACACGCGCUUCAACCCCAACGGGCGCAUCCCGACCCUCAUCGACCACCACAACGGCGACUACGUCCUCUGGGAGUCGGACGCGAUCAUCCUCUACCUGAUCAACAAGUACGACCCCGCGCACAAGCUCUCCGUGACCGCUGAGACGGACAAGUACGACCUCAUCAAGUGGCUCUUCUUCCAGGCUUCGGGCCAAGGCCCGUACUUUGGCCAGGCGUUCCACUUCCUGCGCAAUCAUCCCGGAGAGAAGCUCCCUACCGCGAUUGCGCGCUACCAGCGCGAGAUCGUGCGCGUGUGGGGCGUGCUCGACGGGGUGCUCGCCCAAAGCCCGGGCGGCUGGCUCGUCGCGGGGCGGAUGACCGCAGCAGACCUUGCGUUCUUCCACUGGAACGACGCGAUGUUGGCGUUAAAUGUGUUAGAAGGCCACCCCGACGGUGAGGUCGACUUUGAGAAGCAGUUCCCGGCGGUACAUGCGUGGCAUGAGAAGAUGAAGGCGUUGCCGACGGCCAAGAAGCUGGUCGCUGAUAGGGAGGCGGCAAAGGCAACCUGA